UAUUUACAGUAGAUGGGAUAAUGAACGCAGAGGGAAAUAAUUCAUCCCACUCAAGUUAGCAUCCUGGCAAACCGUGGGCUCAUAGAAUUUAUUUUGAUAUUUUAGACCGGAAGUUUGCUCUGAAAUCCCGGCUAACUGGCUCCUUACAAAUCACGAUGGACGUAAUCAAGCAAAAUGCCAAUAAUUUCAAAGUUCUUCAUCCUGCAUUGUUAGUGAUCAAACUUUCUGCUGGAAGUAGUAAGUAUUAUUGCUCCGUCGGACGUAGCCCGAGGGAGCUUUAAAAUGCUAAUUGUCUGUCUUUAGGAUGUCACAAAAUGAACAUUUCACAGGUAGAUCGGUGUACUUUAUGGAUAUAAUGGGUGAUUUUGCAAGUAUGCUUCAGUGACCUGUAUAGUUCAGUUUCAAAAUGGCGGUUGCGUGAUGAGUGGGCAAAUAAUAUUUCUGGCAAUUUCGCUAAAUUUUCACCGAAUUGUACUGUGUUUUUCAUGUUGUGUUGUACUCUGGACUUAAGCCUGUUUUCCACUUCAACCGUAUCGUAAAGUAUCGUAGCAUAUUCUUUUGUGUCGAAAUCAUUAGUUCCACACUACCGCUCAGGAAACAAAGAAAUACGGUACGUUUCGGUACGAUACGAUUGAAGUAGAAAUUAAACUGACUUUACUCUUUAUGAAUUAACGUAUUUUUGUUGGUGCAACAACAAAGAAAGAACGAAAUCAAUCAGGCCGAAUUAAAGCUAUUAGGUCACCAAGACAGUUGAAAGCUUUAAAAUGGUUAGAUUUUAACAUGCUAUUCUGUUUCUUCUAUACUUCCAAAUUUUUUACGCCUAUAUAGCUAUUUGCAGAAGGUUGAAGGCUAAGUUCAACGGAACCUCCACAUGCACACUAGCAAAUGAUUAAGAACAUAACUUUUCUAAUUUCGUAGACUGUCAGUAGACAUACUGUAUUCACCAUUAAAAGAUUGUUUUAUAAUUUACCUUGGUUGCCAACUUCUACCAACAAGAAUAUGACAUGUAUCAAUGGACAUUUUAAUUUUGAUUUUAAUUAUAUCUUGAUAAUUAUAAUUUUAUCUUUUAAUUAUAUUUUAAUUUUAAUUAUAUUUUAUUUUUAAUUGUAUCUUGGUUGUAUUGUUUAUUGCCACUCCGGCAAAAACCAAAUCACUAUUUAUAAAAUAAAUAUUGUAUCAAAAUACAAUCCCAGCCAAUGACGGUAUAGUAAAGUACAAUAAUUGUGGGUUUAUCGGUCAAAAUACGACUGAACAUCGAUCGACGUUGUCUGCGGUGGAUGGGUGAAAUAAUAACGUCGAUUCGACGUUAUUUGUGCAUGGCAACAUGAAUAUGGACGUGGUCCCUUAUUUAUACUGUGCUAUUGAUGACUCGGUAAUGUUGGACCUGCAGAACAUAUUCUCUAUGCAGACUAUGUCAUCUGUGAAAUUUUGCUCAUUACUUUGGUUAUCAGGAGGUUAUCAACGGCUAUGCUCUUCAUUAAUUAUAAUGAUUAAUGAAAAAUGGAUUGAUGGUUAUUGGUUAUGUCCCUUAAGAAUAUUGGAAACUGUUACUAGUUCUCUUGAAACAUUCUCUAUCCUAAAAGAAACAUUUUUCAACAUAAGUAGAACUGUAUACGAUCAUAUAAUUAAUAAUAUAUACUGUAGACUAAACCAAGUAUAAUUAAAGUGCUGGAGAUAUAUCUUUCAUUUCUGAUUUGUAUGUACAGUAUUAUGUUACUCUUUGCCAAAAUGCCAAGGUCACAAUAAGGUGCUAUACCACACCUCAUCAACUUCCUACAUCACCCCAAGCAAUUCUGUUGCUGCCCUUCCCCCUUACCGACGGAGCGAACGCCUUGAGCAGGCGUCUUGUUUAUCACUUAGUAAUGUAAUCUCGAACGGUCUGUGUCAGUGUGGGUAGAGAUAUAAUAUGUAUAGGUAAUAGCAUGGUUUCGAGUGCAAUUUGGAUAUAACAUGCACGAGUGAGUUUUUCAAAGACCUCAAAAUAGCACGAGUUGCUAUUUGAGGUCUUUGAAAAACUCACGAGUGCAUGUUUAUCCAAAUUUCACGAGAAACCAUGCUAUUACUUAUUAAUAAUUUACAUAAAAAUGUUCGAGACAAUUAUUGUAGUUUUAACUUACGCGUUUAUAGCGAACAUUCCACUGGCAAAGUUUUCCUGGCUUUGUUAUAUCACAUUAUACAACGCUAACAGCAACGCUCAACUAUGUAAUUUUUGUUAGUCUUGUUUAAGGUAAAUGCUUUUCCAUUUAAAAAUAAAGAUAAAAGCCAUAUUUUCCACGCGAAAGCAACUUUUACUUUGUAUAGCGCGGCGCCAUGUUUGUUUUGUUUUGAAGCAAUCUGUGACCGUAAACUAAAUUGCUUUAAACUGAUUGGUUGAUUUAAUCAUCACAAUGUUUUUCCACCAAUCAGAUCAGUUUGUUACAGAUUUUUGCACUAUGAUUACAGAAAAUUGCACUGUGAUUACAAAAAAUUGCACUGUGAUUACAGAAAAUUGCACUGCUGUUUGUGAUUAACUGCACUGAAAUCAACCAAUCACAGUCGAGUAAUAUCUUUGUGUAUAUUAUUAUAUAAGAUAACUGCGGAUUGCGAGAGAUACAAUUACGUACGGCUUCAAAAAUACAAACAGAAGUUUCGAGCGAAGGCCCUUACUACUAACGUGUACCUUACUACUAACGUGUACCUUACUACUAACGUGUACCUUACUACUAACGUGUACCUUACUACUAACGUGUACCUUACUACUAACGUGUACCUUACUACUAACGUGUACCUUACUACUAACGUGUACCUUGCUACUAACGUGUACCUUGCUACUAACGUGUACCUUGCUACUAACGUGUACCUUGCUACUAACGUGUACCUUGCUACUAACGUGUACCUUGCUACUAACGUGUACCUUGCUACUAACGUGUACCUUGCUACUAACUUCCUCUACCACAUUUCUGAUUUACAGAAACAUAAAUGUGCAUUGUAUUCACAAUGUCAUGUUCUGUCUGCCCCCUGCAAUGUUGUUUAACACCUUGCACUCUUGCAAACUAAGAACGACCUUGUAAGGGGAACAAUAUUGCUUGUCAUUGCGGUGUUCAGCACUGUGAAUGUCAAGUGUGCCAAAAUAUUUAGCCAGGAUUUCAGGGUUAAAAACAUAAACAACAAAACUUUAUCAUAAGUUACUUGACAAGUACGUUUGUCACGACAAUAUACCCGUACUUAUGAUAUCUACUCUUCCUAGGUGUGAAUUGCAGUGUUCUAAACAAGGCAGGAUUUAUCAACAUAUUAUUUCGUAUACUCUCUAACUGUGGACAUAAACGUGUUACAACUUUAAAGUGAGUAGCGAUUAACUUCUGCAUUUGUUUUUAGAAAAUUAAAGAAAUGAAAAAUCCUGGACUAAUUAAGCCUUUGUUCCAGUCCACUUUACCGUUGGGUGUGGACUGUCCGACAACAGGAUUGAAAUCCUUCUGAUUUUUGAACUCUAAACCACAUAUACAACAGGAUUUCACGUUUUCAUGAAACCGAUUUCCUUUGAAGUUGAUUUGUAUUCAUGUCACUCCAUCGGCAGCCAGGUUUAUCGAUUUGUAUACAUUCUAAAUUCAAAUAAUUCGUUAAAUUAUGAAAACAUCUCAAAAGUUUGAUGAGAAACCCACAGCCCACACACAACGCUAGAACGGUGUAGUGUAGUGCGUUGACCGGAACACCGGCUACUGCUCAUAGAAUAAUGUCUCUCUCGGACGAUCAUCUAAGUUUUAACGGUAUAAAAUCAUCUUCAAUAACGUACAGUUACCAACAAUUGAUACUAGGCGUAAAAAAAUACCUGUGGUUCCGGUUUCAUAUCGUGAAAAAAUUAGGGUCAGUAGGUCGGAAAUUAAAUUUUUUUUUGAAUAUUUUUUUCAUGGUUUUGGCGGGUUUUUGCUGGGCGAUUUGCAGUAGAGUCCCGACAUCAAUGUUAACUAGAAAUGCGUGUUUCCUAUGGACGAAUUUAGGCAAUUUGGUUCAAUAAUUAGUGUGACAACAGACCCAAUUUUGGCACGCUGUAUGAGCAGCCCGCAACCACCUGGAGAAAAUAGUGUCGCCCGGUCAAUCACGUUGAAAAAAUAAUAGGAUCGGUCGGGAACCGGAACCACAGGUAUUUUUUACGCCCUACCAACAUGUUUUGAACUACUAUUCAUAUGGAAUACUGAGAUCACAAGAUUUACUGUUUCCCAGCAUAAAUUUCUAAUCCUGAUUAGACAGCCCUCCCUUGUCUUCAUCGCUGAAUUUUAUAUCAAUUGUGAAAUAUUUGUAUAUCAAUCAGUGUUCUAGAGCCAAUGGAAUUUUUUAUAUUUUUUCACAACAUACUGCCUGCGUGGAAGGCGUUUUUUUUACGGGCAGCGAAAAUUAAGGAGGCAAAGGUUUCCUUUUCCUCCCUAAUUUUCGCUGCCCGUAAAAAAUCGCCUGCCACGCAAGCUACAACAUAGCAACAAUAAUUUUACACGAUCGUGCAUUCCGCAUAAUGGCUUUCUUAAUAUUAUAUUAUGUAAUAAUCUGAAUUCAAUCCGCCUUCCCAUUGGGACCUCGAGAAAUGAGGACAAAUACACGGCUGACUCUAUUUCAGUGACGUAAUAUGUUUAAGCAAAUCACAUUUUCUGUCGCUCUUCACAUUCUGCAUGUCCUUCUAUUCAUUUAGUUAUCUCACAAGACUAGUAUAGCAUUUAAAUGAAUACGUAUAUGUCUGAAAAGCGUUUAAUUACAGUAACUGUAAAGCUGUCUUAAAACGGUAAUAUACAUUUCCAUAUUACACUAUACUUUACUGUAUUAUUAUAGUCCAAACGACCUUGGCACAACCUUAGCACAAUGUAUAAAUUCAUGAUAAAAUAUAUCGACGAUAAGGUUCUACAUGUGCCUUGAAUUUAAAUGCCCAAACUUUAUGACUUAUGAAAUAUAUUAUCUUUAAUUUUAGGCUUGUUCUUGAUCUGAUUGCUAUUCUUGUAAAGUCAAGUAUGCCUCUAAAUUUGUUUGCUUAUUUAUUUUGCAUGAAAGUACUCUAAAUGACACUAUACUUUAUUAUCAUUUAUAGACCCGGAGCAAGGGGGAUUCGGCGUAAUAUUUCCCGAAGUGAUGAUAUUUUCCGAGGGGCUUUGCCCCGAGGAAAAUAUCAUCACUGAGGGAAAUAUCGCCGAAUCCCCCGAGCGGGGGGUCUAUAAAUGAUAUAUUAUACCGAAAGUUAAAGAACUCACUAAGUUCAGAAUAAACUUUAAAACUUGCUGAAUAUUAAGUUAUUAUUAACUACGCGAAUACAAUUUUUAAUUUCUUAUGUAUACCUGAGUGAGUUUUUGACGUUACCUCUUUAAAAUGUUUGAGCAUGUAUCCUUUGGAUCAUUAAAGGUAACAUACGUCUUGCAAAUCUUUGGUUAAAUCAAAUCUUCUGUAGAAAUUACGAACAACAGCUCACCAACGUGCGCCAUAUUGUUCCAGAGCGUGGUGUCCACGCGUCACGCGUGAGCGUGGGAUACUAUAAUAUCCCACGCUGCAUUGCGAAAUCAUGAAUUUGAGUGAAAUACCGUAAAAAAUCACAUCACGUGGUACAAAUGCUGUUUUUUCAUUGGACAAUUUGAAUUUGAGGUAUAAUAUUACUAUAUAUCACAGCAUGGUCUCUUCAUGUUUUCAUGUAUAUUAUCAUAUAGUGAUACUUUAAUCUAAGAUGUAUAUCAUCACACAGGAGUUCGUAUUAUUAAGGUUGCAUAUAUAUCUAUUUGAGAUUUUCAUUCCCUCCCCCCCCCCCCAUCAGGGCGAGGGGUUGGAUCCCCCCGGUGAGGGUCAGGGUAUCAAUGUGGCUGCAUGUUGAUAUACAUCAUACACUGUCAAGUGCACCUGUAUGAUGUACUUGGAGUUGUAGUUUGUACUGUAUGUACAGUAUAAUGGAACUUUUUAAUACGUUACUUACUUUUGUUAUGACAUGCAAUGUUGUUCUUAGUAAAAACGUCUUGUAAAUUUCAUUAUUUCAGAAGGAGUUGCUGUGAAAGCUGUGAACCUAAAUGGAGUUGAGAUUCUUCUACGAAUGUUUUAUGAUUGGCAUAGAACUGAUCAUCAUAACAGACAGAUUGCUAUCAGAAAAGCUUUUCUUAACUCACUGAAAGCACUUGUGUCCACGAGUAAGUUAGUCAGUACUACAGUAUAGCUCAGUACAAUCCAAGGUUCGUACGAAACUUGAAAGUCCUGGAGUGUCGUUGAAUUUGAAAACAAAAAAAUCAAAUAUAAAACGGCCUGCCGAUAUGCAGAUUUCAGGGGAACGUAUGGCGCCGCACAUUGUAAUCAACUUCAAUCUAGGCAUAAGAUAUUCUCGAGUUGCAAACUACAUUUUUCGAGUUUUUAAACUACCUGUAUAAGUAAAUUACAGUACAGUACAUGUAUAUGGCAUUUUAGUUUAAACUGUAAAAUGACAAAAAAAAAGAAAAACUUCCUGCGAUGAUAUUUUGCUGACGCUGCCGGACAUUUUCCAGCAGUGCCUCAGUAUACAGGAUGUCAUGAAAAAAGGUAAUCCAACUUUGACGUGUUAGUGUGCCAUAUUGCACCGAUCAGGAUCAGGCUUUUAGUUGUCCAAUGACACCUUUUUGUAUCAUUGCGAUCAGAAAUAGACAAAUACGAUCCGAUGUGGCCGGUUGAAAUUGCAUUUUUUCACCUUUGGGAAAUGGAAACUGAAUGUGAAUGCACAGCUAUUGUCUGCAUGAAUAUUGAAGUUAUUCUCACUUUUUAUUCAAAAUUAUAAGAACUUCCACAAAGAAGUAACGUACUGUAUGGGUUAAUAGAGUGGAUCGAUAUCGCAAAUACCGAAUACCGCCAUCAGAAUACCGGUAAAUACUGGUAUACCGGUAUUUUUAACGUGUUUUUUUAAAGCCAAACUGAACUGCUGACCGUCGAGAAAAAUCAAGUUUUGACAAAAUAUUAAUGUGGCACGUACUGUUAUUAGUGCAUUACCACUGCCAGUGCUAAUAGUUAUAAACAUAAAAAAACGUUGCAUUUUUAAAACUAACACAUAAACAAGUUAGCAUGUCAGUUAAAUAAGAUUAAAAACAACAAAAAGUUACCUUCUUAUACUGCCCGAUAAAUAUUUCCAAAAAAACUUGAAAAGGUUUUCGCUGCUUUGCAUUUUCUAGUACUACCUAGUACUACCUAGUACUUCCAUUUUCCAAAAUCAAAGCCUUUGAUUUUAAGGUUUCUUUUUUAUCGAAAUUUUCCUUAAAAAAUUUCGCCAUUUAUAUAUUUCCGAUUAAGGCGAUUUAAUAAACAAGACGUCUUGGUAUUGCUAAACCAAAGCUGCUAGAACUGUAAGAACAAAAUCGUCCAUCUGUGAGUAUUAACUUUGCUUUCUAAACGUGAUUGUAAGCAAAUUUGACUUCAAAUAGCGUUUCAAUUCGGUAUUAGGCAGCAAAAUACCGAAAUGUCGGAAUAUCGGUAUUUUUAAAUUGUCAAUAUCGACAAUACCGGUAUCUAAACAAAUACUGGUAUGAUGUUUGUGAUGUUACUCUGAGUUUAUAUCCACACCGGGCGAACUUGAAAAAUAUGCCGGGCCACGGUGGGAAUCGAACCUACGACCUUUGGAAUACUAGCCCAAUGCUCUGCUAACUGAGCUACGCGGUCAGGACGGUUCGAGUAAGUGAUAUUACGGAACAGAAUCUAGUUCCUUUGAUACCAAUGUAAUCUAGUAAUAUGAUUUUUUUCUCUGUGUUGGUAUAGUAUGGGCUAGUAUUCCAAAGGUCAUAGGUUCGAUUCCCACCGUGGCCGGGCAUAUUUUUCAAACUCGCCCGGUGUGGGUAUACACCAGAGUAACAUCACAAACAUCAUAUUCACCUUAGUACACAACACCAACACAGAGAAAAAAUCAUAUUACUAGAUUACAUUGGUAUCGAAGGAACUAGAUUCUCUUCCGAAAUAUCACUUACUCGAACCGUCCUGACCGCGUAGCUCAGUUGGCAGAGCAUUGGGCUAGUAUUCCAAAGGUCGUAGGUUCUAUUCCCACCGUGGCCAAGCAUAUUUUUCAAGCUCGCCCGGUGUGAAUAUACACUCAGAGUAACAUCACAAACAUGUUCACCUGAGUACACAACACCAACACAGAGAAAAAAUACCGGUAUACCAGAUAUAUCCGGUAUAUCGAUCCACUCUUUGGGUUAAUCAUCAACUCGCAACUCGUUCGCAGACUGAACUCGACGUUUCCCAAAUCAGUAUUUGGGCAAAUGGUCGAAAAUUGAAAAGAAAACAUUUUUAAGAUUUCCAAGAUGGAAAAUGCGAUUUCGACCAACCACUUUACGUCGGAUGGUGUUUAGUUGUUUUGAUCGUAAUGGUACAAAAAAGUGGGAUUGCCUUUUUUAUACAUCAUGGCUGUAUAGUCUAUAUAGGUCUUAAUCUGCUUUCCUACGGCAGGUUGUGUGAAUUGCAGGCUACCGUAUGUUCACCAAAAUGUUUAGUAUGGGAAUCAUUCCCCAUAAAGAAUACAAUAGAAAUAGUAUGGGAAUCAUUCCCCAUAAAGAAUAGAAUAAAAUAGUAUGGGAAUCAUUCCCCAUAAUCUAAUGCGAUUAGUAUCGCAUUUGGUGAUGAAAAUAUUAUUUGCAUAAUGUGUAUUUCAAUGUCCCCCCCCCCCCCCCCCCCCCCCGUGUAUAUUUGGCUUUUCUUCUGUUUACACGAGUAUCAGUUAUAUAAUGUAUAGAAGACCUAAAUAUCAUGAUUAAUUUUAUCUUUUAUGAUUUCAGAAGCGGGUAAAGCAGCAUUUUUGCAAUCAGAUGGAAUGAAGACACUUUUUGUGUUAGCAAAUGACACGGGAGAGCGUAAGUAUAGAUGAGAACGUUGGGGCAAGUUACAGUUAGUAUAACAUAUUCAAUUGCGAUCAACAAAUUCUCUUUCCAAAUUACUAUAUUGCCAGGAUAAGAUUUACUUUACAGGAAAAUGAGUCAGUUUGCUCAUAAAUUUUAGGAAUUUUACUCAAUAUUUUAAGUCAUUGUGCAUGUGUGCAUUAUUUUACCCAUUACUUUACUAUGAGUCAAAUUUUUGGAGUGAAAUUUUUUUUAUUUAUGAAUUUAUAUCGUUCAUUGUGAAACUCGUAUUAUAACUGGCCUAUAAUUAUACAAAAUGCAUGUGAACAAAAACAACGUACUGUACGAAUUGAAAUUUGUAUAUGGGGUUUACAAUAUGGUAUACAUGUGACCUGAUGCUUGGAAUUUGCUUGGAUGCAAACCACAUGAAUUUUACAGAAACAAAAUACAAUAGAAAAAACAGGGUGACAGUAACUUUAUUAAACCAAGCCAGUAUUACACCUGGUGGGACAUGAAGAAAACACAAAAGCAAUCAUGACCGUGAAGGCGAUUGUUUGUAUAUCUGAUACAAAAUCGUGCUGAUUUACAUAAACUUUGAGUUCAAUUUUCUGACCAAAUAAAUAUAUUCAUAUAUAUUAAAUUGUUGAAGAAUAUACGAAUGUUCUCAUCAAGACGUUUCACAAGUCAUUUACUUGAGUUUGUAUAUCCGAUACAACACGUUCUGUAAAUAUUACUUAUACAGUAAGUACAACUAUUUUUUCCAGAGACGAAGAAGAUGAGAUGUUAAAACGGCUGUACUCUAAUGAAGACUAACACGUAUUUCAAUGAAAGAAAAAUCUCAUUUUCUAUAAAUAAAUAUAAAUAAACUUGUUCAUGGGGAGUGAUUUUGUAUUCUGAUUUCGCACUUUAUUUCAUAUUUGUUUUCACAAAACUCACUCGCUCGUUGCAUUCACUCGUUCGCCCAAUAAAAACAAAUUAUUCAUGAUGCGUCAGCACUUCCCCAUGAAGAAAUCUCUAUUCAUUAUAAACAUACCCAUCAACAUUUAUAAAACAUGUUUUAAAUUUACACUAUGUUUCAAGGUUUAUCUAGUGUGGUAUGCAAUUAACCUUUCUCACCCUCAGUUUAUCCGCCCUUUUGGGGCUACUGCCUGUCCCAAGUCUGAGUGCACGCACCGCGAAAUGCGACUUGUUAUCGCAUAGUAAAGUGUGUGAAUAUAUAGUUACAACUUGAAAAGUCGCUCUUUACGUUGCCUAGGUUUUCUAUAUUCUUUCGACGUGGAAAGAUCGACAGUACCCCCAAAAAUGACGGAUAUUGACAUGAGUAAGAAAGGCUAAUUAAUGGUAUCCACUUUUCUUUCUAUUGUAGACAAGGAACUGAACAGUAUAAACAGCGUUAUAGUUCAGAUUCUGAGGUUAUGUAUGCCAGAGAAUACCUUACCACUGACCAAUAAACACUCAACACUCUCAUUUGAACUUCCCAAGUGCAUUGUACAGAGUACAUCAGGUGAUGAUAAUGGAUCAGAUGAAGUAGAAAAGGAUAGUGAUGAAGGUUAGUGUACAUACUGUACAUAAGGUAGGAAGCUCAGAAGAUAAAAUUAUGGCGCCAUAUCACUAAUGGUGACAUGACGCGAAAUUUGAAAGAGUCGCUUCUUUUUCAUAUUUUCGUUUACUUCUUCGCCGAAAGAAUUCAGUUUUCUUGAUAGGCAGUGUAAACAAAUUUUCGUCCUCUUUGGCAUAAUGUCUAACAAGUUACUGUAUCAUUGAAUACCAUCGAGCGGAAGAUUAUAUACAAUUUUAUACGAUUAUAUACGACUUAACCAGGAGCAGCUACGAAAAACGCAAUCCUUCAACUGUUGGUUCUAUGGAGGGAGAUGCCCAAAAAAUCGCGAUAUUUACCUAUACCUUCUAAUGGCGUCACAUCACUAUAUCUAUAUACAAGAACUUGUGGUUAGAGCUCGACACCUGGUCUCUGUAGCUCAGUUAGUUCGAGUGCUGCACCGGAAUAGCAGGGCCACUUGUUCCCCUCCUGCCAGAGGGCCUAUGGUGGUGUUUUUCGCAGCUUCUCCUGGUUACAGUAGGUCUGAAAUUGGAUAUAAUCUUCCGCUCUUCCUCAGCGAGACGCUCGAUAUUUACCAAUUUUGUAAGCAAUUAAAAUCAUGUGAAAAUCCACAUGCGUUAUACUGUGAAUGUAAUAAAAGCAUACAGUUUUCCAAAAUAUAGUGUUGGAUAAAAAUUUAUCCAGUAUUAUCAUGCUUAUGCAUUAUUGGUUGUGUGAGUAAAUACUAGGGAUCCACACUGGCAGCAGUUGUAACUGAAAUGGACAAAUGGCUAUCCUAUAUGCAAUAUUAUUAUAAUAUAGACAACUAUACCGGAUAUAACCAGGAUAUUAUAAUAUAACUUAUUGGAUCUUCUGAGUGGGAUACGGCAAAAUAUUAAAUCGAGACUUCAAUAAUGGGCAGCUGAUAUACGACUCAUAGCUCAUAUACGAAUCGAGUUCGCAGAAUACAUGUUAAAUACUAGAGCCUUGCUGACAAAACCAUUGUAUUUUCCGAACAUGAAGUAUUUAAAGUAGUUGUCAUGGUAACACGAUAAUUUAGGAAUAUUUUUCCAAAAUGAAAAAUCUCCUAAAAAAUAUUACUUUUAAGUACAAAAUUAUCAAUUUCCCAAACAUAUAUAUUUUAGGUAUGUUAUUAUUAUACGUAAUAUAAGCUUCAAUUUAAGGUAAAAUUCAACCACAAACGCUUCGUUCUUUAUAAAACUAAACUGCCUUUGUCGAUAUAAAACUUUGGGUUUGAAACGAUAAACUUACCUUCGUUAACGUCGGCGCCUUUACUCCCUUCUUUUAGCGAUUUUCUCUCCUUUAUUUUAUCAAAAAGCUUUUGAAAUUCACAAAAUCUUGCAAAAAUGAAAUAUAUUUGCAAGAAAUCAUCAAAUCAAGAAAUGUUUGCUAUUUUGCUGUCGUUAUGCAGUUGUUAUAAUGCAAAUUUAAAACUGGACCAAUCAGUGUUCGCUAUUCAUGACAGUCCGCCAUAUUUUUGAGAUCAGUGAGGAUGACCACCCAUCGUUGGUCGCCCACGCCCGCGAUCAUUGAUGAACUUUAGACUUUCGUUUUCCCGGGUAUAAAUAGCCUGGCGGAAUUAGUACCCUCGCACGGCGCUCGGCGCCGUUGGCUCGGGGAUUAUGUAUAAUAAAAGACAAUGUCCUGCAAUAUCUGGAUCAUUGCCUGCAUGUAAAAUUUGUAUUUUUUCCACAGAGGAAUCAUCUCCACUGGAAUCUGAAGAUGAAGAUGUUGGAGUGACUGAAAGUCAAGAAGAUUCAGAGAAUGUAUUACAAAGAAGAGCAAGUCCUCCUCUUGCUGAAAAUAAAAGUAAUAAUACCCGAAGUAAAGCUGAUUUAGUCUCUAUGUAUCAUCAGUUCUUUCAAGAAAUGAAUUGCACCAAGGUGAGAUUUACGUGCGGCCAAAACCCUGCAAUGAGAAACAUUCAAACCUAAACGUUUUUUGGCGUUUCUCUCAAACUUACUUUGUUUGAGCUUUAUUAUCUGGUUUAUACAGUUAGCUACUUUUAUUAACGCAUCUCGAGCCGAUUGUACGACGGCUAGAUAGCGCUAUUUACAGGAUAGUGUUUUUCAACCGUUGUAAAAAUGCUCAAAAAGAUAAAAAUAAACUCUAAUUUUUACAGUUUAAUCUGAGUUAUAGCAAGUAACAGACAUGCAAUUUACGAAGCUUGAAAAAAUCACUACCCGGUGGAUAGGGCUAUCCGGCGUACAACCGGUUGAGAAACAUAGUCAUAAACUGUAUAAUUAUAGUAAAACAUGUCAAAAACCGAGUCUGAAGAGUCCCUUUCGUGCAUUUAACCACACGCAUACAACGUUUUUUACAUUUGUAUAUAAUCGUGAAAUAAUCAAAUCGAAAACUUGCACCAUGACAUGAUAAUAUCUAAACAUGAUAAUAUGAUAUGAUAUGAUAAUAUCUAAACUUGAGCAAAUUGACAUGAUAAUAUCUAAACUUGAGCAAAUUCGCUUUGGUUUAUCCACUGUUUUCCAACACGAGUGUCUUUGUUGUGAGAAAUGUCUUGAUGAGAACAUUCAAUUCGUUAUUUGUAUUCUUCAAUAAAUGAGAAAAUUGAACUUAACGUUUAUGUAAAUCAGCAUGAUUUUGUAUCAGAUAUACAAACUCCUUCACUAAUGAGUUGUACAAUCAUCUUUAUUUAUUUAUCAGGAUGGAUCUGGAAGUACAGACAUAUCUCCAUCAAUUCAAACACCAAUUGUAAUUCCAACAGCAAACCUGGAUUUGACAUCUUCGUUCGGCAACUGGGGUAAUGCUGCCACGACUUGUGAAGAUUGUUGUGCGUGUGACGAAACUGAAAAUUGGAGACAAGAUGGUUUAUGGUACAGUAUGGCAAAACGUUUUGGGGGCGGGGGCAGUUUCCCCCUGCCCUCACUCCUAGUGUCCUCCAGGGGCCGGUUGUACGAAAGGUGGAUAAAUCGCUAUCCGGUGGAUAAGUCCCUAUCCAGUGGAUAAAUUUUAUGCGGAGUGAAAAUCGCGUUGUACGAAGCUCGGAUAGCGCUAUCCAACGGAUAAAAUGCACUAUCCGUUGGAUAAAUUUAUCCGAGGUCUGGAGGUAGUUUAAAUCCACUAUCCGGCGGAUAAGCUCAAAGUUUGAAGACAAAACAAUGUGUAUUUCAUUUAAAAGGAAUUGCCAUUGUAAUAGAAAUGGACAAAUACCGUUUAGAAGUCCCUUUUUUGACACUAAAUAAACAUGGAAACUUACUUUAUACGACUUCUCUUGCUCUUGUCAGACGUACCGAGCUCACUUUGAGUCACUUGCCCAUUAAAUAAUGCCAUGACUUUGCCAUAUUUUAUGCAGACCUGUGUCAGUGCUUAGACGUUACGUUUUCUGGCCUUUUUCCUUCUUUUUUUUUCUGUUAUAUAGCUCGAAAACAAGCAAUAAAACUUUCAUUAAAUGAGUUCCUUUCAACGCCAAACAAAUAUAGCUGCAUAUAUAAAAUAGACAACAAGGCACCGAAAGUCGAAAAAUUUUGUUCGCUGGCCUUGAUCAGCCAAUCAAAUCGUGCGAGAAAAUGUUCUUAAAAUUGUUUUGAAUGACGUGAAAGGUCAAAGAACAAAUAUUCGGACAGUAUAUAAAAUAAAACUGAAUCAACGUACUGAAACAAGAAAACAAAACUCGCAGUCUUUGCUAUUGCCUUCGCACAAAGAAGCCAAAAAUCUUUUAAAGAAAUAUCGAUAAGAAGAUAUAGCAAACUCUUCACUGUGGGAAAACGAAAUAUUGCAACGAUUGGACGAGAAAAACUCCAAAAUAUAAACAUGAACAAAAAAGCUUUAUUGCAAGUUGAUAGUUCAAAGGUUAGUGGAAUUCACAAGUUAUAUGAAGAUACUACAACAAAAGUUUACAAAUACCUAGCAACAGCUGACGUAGAGAUAAGAAAUUUCAGGACAAUCCAGUUUUCUCCGGUUAAAAUUAAGGUUAUCCGACGGAUAGCUAUCCACCCUGCUAUCCGUACUUCGUACAACGCAUUUUUAUUCGGCAGAUAGCUAUCCAUUGGAUAGGACUUAUCCACUGGAUAACUUAUCCACCUUUCGUACAACCAGCCCCUGUAGGUUAAUGAAUGAAUUCGAUAACUUCCAUCUACAAAACCCUUCAACUAUUAUUCAAUCGAGUGAGAUGCCAACAAAAUCUUGAUUUUUACCCAUAACCUAACAUGGCAGUACCCCAGUAUAUAUACGUGAACUUGUGGUUAGAGCUGGCCUCUGUAGCUCAGUUAGAGCGCUGCACCGGAAUGGCAGGGCCGCAGGUUCGAUUCCUGCCAGGGACCUAUAGUUUUUCGCAGCUGUUCCUGGUUAAUAAAUGUAUCUAAAUUUCCACUCGAUAAAUUCCAUCUACAAGACCGAUGUUUUAAGGCCUGAUGUAUAUAAUUUUCUUGUUUCUUUUUUACUCCAGUGAUGUUGACGAUGCCUUACUGAGGGACAGUGAAAGGAGUGCUCUGAUGAGCCCGUCAUGUAGCACAUCGUCCACUGAAAUACAAUCAUGCGCAACUAGUAGAACAUGUGAUGAAUCAAGAUGCUCGGGUCGGGAUAGUACGCAUGAUCAGAAAAUGAAAGUGAGGAGUGUUUCUGAGUUUGUCAAGACUCCCCGGGCUGAUGUUUAUGGACAUUAUCCACCGUUGCAUCCUGAACCACUUCAUACGAAGAAACCUGGAAUUCAAAGGUCAGUACUGGCAUUCGUGCCUGUAGAUGUUAUUUUUGGUAGUCAUUAACUCCACAGAUAACUAGAAUCAUGGCCAAACGUUCGUAGAACGCCUGAACGUUUGCGCUAGCUUAGCCCUAAAUUUAUUUUUGUUACAUUUUAUAAGUAUGGCAACUCCCCCCCCCCCCCUUCAAUGCUGUCUCAGAUUUUCUGCUGGGGAAGGGGGGGGGGAAGUGAUAUAUAAGGAGAAAAACGUCCAUCCUUCUACGGUUUUUGCCGAUAAUUUUUACUUAAAAAUUGCCAUUUAUUUGUCCAUUAUAUUUAGUUGGCGUCCGCAUGAUUAACGGUCCAGCCCGACUAUAGGCGAGAUCUCACCUUACCCUAUACUGUAGGUAUAUAGGACCGAAUUAAUAACUUCUUAUUAACCGAGCGCGAGGUCUUUACAGAAAAAUAUCGGACCGAGGUCUUUUUUGUAGACCGAACCCGUAGGGCGAAGUUUGUACAAAAAGAACGAGGUCCGUUAUUUCUCUGUACAUACCGAGCAGGCGAGGUUAAUAAAAAGUUUAUUAUAUGGCAUUUAAAGGCAUUUAUACUCGAAACAAACAAGAAAUGCAUGAUUUGAAAUGCAUAUUAGUAGCGUGGUACACAUUUCGAAGAAAACAAAAAUUACCAAUUCUUCUUUUCCACUUACUUGUAAAACCAUUCGCAGAUAUCUUAUUAAUAACAAAUUAAAUUAUAAUUUUCAAUUACUUUUGCUGUUUUGUUUUAAAAUGCAUGCGUUUGUUUUUACGUAAUGGACCGCCGGUCCGUCACGGGAAAAUAAUGGACCGCCGGUCCGUCACGGGAAAAUAAUGGACCGCCGGUCCGUCACGGGAAAAUAAUGGACCGCCGGUCCGUCACGGGAAAAUAAUGGAGCUGAACAGUCCUUCACAGUCCGCCAUUUCACCGCAACGGUCGUAAAGAUUGAGUCACGAUCUUUCUCAUCAGGCGAAAUACAACAUCUUAGAACUGAAAAUAUGCGUAGUGAUUUAUUAUAACUAGAGAAUACUCAUGAUUUAUAUGUGGUUUACAGCCAGGUAUAAACUAUUAUAAACGGGCCGUUGAGAAAGAUCGUGACUCAAUUUUUACGACCAUAUGGAAACCACUCGCAGGCUUAACGGCACCUGAAAAGCUCAUUUGUGUAUGUUUUCAGAGAAACCAUAUAAAUAAUACUCAAUGAAAAUGUAGUGUGGGAGUAAAUUCAUAGUCGCGUGCAUUCAUUCAUUUGCAAUGACACAACAACUUGAUACAAGUUUACAGCAAUCAGAAGUCGACUAAAAUCAAAGUGUCUUUUAUUUGGGCGCCUUGCCACAUAUUACUUUUUUGGCACUGUAUUAAGCAGGCGGAUCUUGUGCGGGGGUGAAGGUGCGCGCCCCACCUAGUGGUGUCCCCUAGAGAAGUUUUUUGGCACUGUAUUAAGCAGGCGGAUCUUGUGCGGGGGUGAAGGUGCGCGCCCCACCUAGUGGUGUCCCCUAGAGAAGUCGAGCACCACCCUAAAUAAGCAGUUUGACCAUACAUUUCUGCUUUGCGAGUAGCGAUUAGCGGAACUUCUACUGUUAGCGCGUGUUGAUUUCUUUAAACGAUUUAUUUGAUUUGUGAGCUCACGAGAAAAUACUCAGAAUGCUUUGGGUAAAUAUCAUGGUUAAAUAUGUAAACAUCUCGAGGUUGUUAUACAGCCAUAUUUUUAAAUAUACUGUACGUGAACAAGCAAAUUUACUGUACCGUGCUACAGCAACUGUCCAGUGAUACAUACGUGAUGAAAAGCAGAUUACAAAAGAUAAUGUAAAACGUAACAGAACGGUGAACAUGCAGAUUCGGCCAUCUCAAAUAGGCUAAUGGUAAUGUUGGGAUAAUAGUCUUACCGAUUGCAGAGGAAAGUGGGCAGUAUAAGGCUUCCUCAUGCACCACCCCAUGGAAAACAUGCACCCCUCGUUGCAGAUGAGGCUAGAUCCGCCCGUGGUAUUAGGAUACUGUAAUAUUGCACUGCUAUUAGCCAAUCAGGACUGAGUAUUUUUUGCAUGUAUAUUAUUAUCGACCAAACGUGAAAUUGGAGCAUAUUGCAAGUUUACAUAUAAAAAUGAUGAUAUUAAAGCAAAGUGCCUUUUGAAUCUAGGUCAAUGUUGUUGAAGGACAUCGAGCGUGUUCUCCAAGAUCAAAAAGUGGUCAAUAAAGUCGUGUAUGAUUUAGAUACUGAAAGAAAUGUUGCCAUGGCAAGUAACCGUGAAUGUUCAGCUACAGAUUUGUCACGUGAUUCAACAAGGUUUGUAUAAUGACGUUUGAAAUGUACAUCUAUUUCAAUUAAUUAAGGUUGUCACAAGCAAUAGUCAAAUGUAUAGGCCUAAUUCUACGACGGGCAAAAUGCGAAAAAUUUCGCGCUAAAACACACUUGUGCAGUUGAGAAAAGUCAAAGAUUUUUGAAUGACAUCAAAACAAAAUACGAGCAUUUGAUUGACUUCGCAGAAGACACAAGCAUUUGAUUGACUUUGCUAUUUCCAUUUCGCAACGGAGUAAAAACGAAUUCAACUACCCCGCGAAGAGAAACAUUUCGCAGAGAAACACUCCAAAAUCAUGUUGCGCAUGCGUUCAACCUUUUCGCGCGAAAUUUUUCGCAUUUCGCUCGUCGUGAAAUCAUGUAUACCCCUGGGAAUUGCCAAAACAAAAAGGAGCUAUAGUCAUAGGCUAUCGAAACGCUGGAUCAUUCCAUUUAAUAUGUACAACCGCACCCCUAUGGAGAAGUAUGGAUAUCCAAUGGAGGAGGAAGGGGUCUUUAUCUUAAAUUUUCAUGCGGGGUAACUUGAGAAGUUUUUUUAAAUGGCAAAAAUUAGCUGUUUUAAGGAGUUAGUAAGAUAUCCUAUGGGGUAACUUCACAAAUUGCAUCGAAGAGGGUUCCCAAUGAGUCCUGAAAAUUUUUAUAUCCUAAGGGGAUUAUGAAGGGACCCCUCAAUAGGGGGUUGGUGCCUAUAUUACACUAAAUGGAAUGGCCCAUUAAAAUUGGUUGAUCGUGGUUGAACCUAUCAGUACAAGUCUGGAAUGUGUUUUAACUUUUCUAAAACAACUCGAUUGUUUUAAAUGUGAUACAACACUACUGCUCAAGUACAUGUAGCCUGCCUUUAUAUUAACAUUAUUCAUGCCUGCCAACCAUUAACACGAAAUCCACCUUAUAAAAGCACUAAGCUGCAAUAUACUGUACACUAAUGUACAUUUGAUGACACCCUUGUUGGUUAAUGACUCAACCCGACUAUCUGUUCAUGGCUCGAUUAAAGCGGAAAGCGGCGUUUCCUUCCUUAAAUUGCUAUUUUUCUAUGUCUAGAACGCCAGACGGGUUUUACAUGCAAAGGGAGAAUCCUUGGCCAUUGAUGGAUUGAAUGUCAAAUAUUUUGAAAAUGUUUUUUCCGAUCUUUUUUAAUUUAGUUCUACUCAACAGGAUAAGGAACGCCAAACUAGUGGCAAAAGACCACUUUCAUUCGAGUCAAAAUUCGAAUGUGGAAAUCUACGCAAAGCAAUUCAGGUAAAAAUUUUAAGGUAUCCGUGACACUAACAUGCCUGCACUUCCUGUGUAAUUAAAAGAACACGCAGUGGCGUAACCCUCAUAAGGUAGGGACCUUAUGAGGGUUACUUAGAGCGAGAACUAAGGACCUACGGUAGUUGGGGCCCCUUGUCGCUGCUCAUACCACGCCUCUACUGAUGAAAAUGGUAACACAUACACUCAGUUGCUUUCAUCCACAGAUCAUAUCUCAGUUAAAAUCUUUCACCUGGAAACUGCUGGAAAAGUGAUUGUGAAAGAAUAUCCAAUUAAUUUCUCGAAAAACUAGUAUCCGAAUUUCGAUCUUUUGUCAACGAAUUAGAAAAGAAAGUUUCUCAAGUGUAUAUACUCCUUAUCAGGGCUGGAAAAAAUAGGUGAGCACUGCUCGCAGAAAAUGUUAAACAGAUGCAGGAAAUUCGUUUGAAUGAAGAUUUGCUAUUGACAAUUUAAAGGAAACAUUAACACCCAUGUCCCACUAUGGGCGUAACAACAUAUGGUUGACAGAUACUUUUCGUUGAAUUUAAAACCAUGGUUAGGUAGAACACUAUAUAUGUUUAUGUGAUGCAGAUUUCUCACACAAAAAUACUCCCUUGGUCUGCAGGAAAGUUUUGUCUCCAGGUUGUGAUCCCAGGAAGAAAAUUAUUUUUUCCUGCCUUGCUCCUUAUCUUGUUGUAUGCAACCAUUCCCAUUACAGUAGCAACUGCAGAAUGUUCUUUUUAAGAUAUGGCCCCACGCCCAGUGUACCUAAGGGCCCCGUCUUUGUUCGUUAUCUACCACAAACUGCAAUCUGUGCAUAUUUGUAAUAUUUUAUUUUAACCUAGGUCUGUGAACGAGAGUAUGAUCUUAUUUUAAAUUCUGAUGUUAACUGCAGUAGUCAUCACCAGUGGUUUUACUUUGAAGUAAGUCGAUGUACAAUAUAUGUAAGGCUAUGUACUAGUUAAAACAUGAGCAGCCGAUCUUUAUCUGAUAUAACUUAAAAAACGACCCAUCUUAUGAGUUCAUUGGCGAAGUAAUUUUAAAAAUAAACAUUGUUUAAGCCGAGAAAAUCAAAGCUGAAGUUUAUGUAGAUCAGGACAAAUCUUCAUCCGAUUGACAAACAUUGAUUAAACAUUCAGUUCUUUUGAAUUGUCUUCAUGAAUUAUUAAUGACAGAACCAUGGGAGAAGUACCGUUCCAGACGAUUGGCGUAAACUAUGCUGGUCCGAUCAAAUACCGACAUAAGAAAUCGAAAAGAAAGCUUACAUACAGUUGUAUUCGUGCAGUUUGACAAGAGUUGUAUAUUUGGACUUGCUACCCGAUCUUACCACAGAAGAGUUCAUUCAGAAGUUUUAAACGCCUAGUAGCCAGAAGAGGAAGACCGAGAAAGAUAUAUUCAGAUAUGGGAAAACAUUCCUUGGCAGCUUCGAAAUGGGUCAAGAAUGUGAUGAAGGAUGAAGAAUUGCAAAACUGGUUCGCGCGAAAUGAAAUCAAAUGGUAAUUCAACUUAAGCCGCGCCCCUUGCUGGGGCGGCCAAUUUCAAUGAAUGGUUGGCCUUGUCAAACAAGCCUUUUACAAGACGAUUGGACAUGGGAAUCUCAAGUAGAACGAGCUGGAGGAGAUAAUCAUUGAUGUUGAAACCACCUUAAACUCCCGACCGUUGUGCUACGUUGAAGAUGGCAUUCAACUCCCUUUGUUAACCCCAAACUCCAUGUUAUUUGGUCAACCUAACUUAAUUCCACAACAAGAUCUCAACGCGAUUGAAGAUCGAGACCUACGCAAACGGACUAAGUGUAAGGAUGCUCCCUGCGCAAGUGUAAGGAUGCUCUAUGAUCUAGGUGGUCAACUGAGUACAUCAAAUCCCUGAAAGAACGUCAUAACCUGAAGCAUAACCGUAAAGAAAUGGCGCUGAACCCUGGAGACGUCGUAAUGAUCAAAGGUGAAGAACGGAACAGAGGUCUAUGGACAAUUGGAAUUGUAGAGAAAUUGUUCCAAGGUCGAGAUAACGAGGAGCGCGGAAAGACCUGUCCAACACACAUUUCCGUUGGAAUUGUCGUGCGACAUGCCAUCAAUGUCAAAAGAGAACACUGCCUUGGAUGUACAUGCUCCUGAAUUUCGUCCAAAACGUAAAACUGCAGAAGCUGCACGAGAACUAUUCAAAAACAUUGCGGCUGAAGAACUUCAAGACGAGGAGUACUUUUAACGAAAACAUUCGAGAGUAUUGCAUGAGGAACUUAUAAACUGAAACUGAUAAACUUAGAUUCUUAUUAAUAUGUUGUUAUUGUUGUAAUAUUUGCAAACUUACGUUGCAAAUAGGGGGAGAGUGUCGAGAAUUAUCGACAUAAUUUGUAAUCGUGAAUACUUAAUGUGGUUUGUGUCCAAUCAAAUUUCAAGCAUCGGGUCACGUGCAUGUAUCCAUUGUAAACCCCAUACAAAUUUCAAUUCGUACGUUGUUUUUGUUCACAUUUUGUAUAAUUGUAGGUCAGUAAUAUGGAAGAAAACGUUCCGUACAAGUUCAAUAUAAUCAAUUGUGAGAAGAUCAAUAGUCAGUUCAACUUUGGUAAGUUUUUUAUCUUAUGAAAUAUUUCCUCUCUUUUGAAAUUUUUAUCCCUACCUUGCUGUUAUUGCAAGAUCAUAUUAAUUUUCUGACACGGUAUCUUUUUGUCAGUAGUACUUUCUAACAGAAUUCCUUUUCAGAGCUUUAGACUGCCAGUCAUAGC